AUGCAGCAGGACGAUCGACGACGCGCAGGGGGAGGCGGCGCCGGCGGAGGCUCACGGCCCUCAGCUACACCUUAUACGGGCAACAACCAGUCGAGCUCGAACCAAACGCGUAGUGACUAUUCACAACCCUCACCGUCGUCGCGUGCUCAUUCGGGGCUGAUGUCGCCCAUCUCGGGGUCGUCGAGUUCGAGCUCGAGCUCGUCGUCGAGGAUACCGCAGCAACCUUCGUCGAACGAUGGGACGAGACGGCCGUCGGCUUCGGCUGAUUCGAGGUAUAGAAGGGACAACUCGAUGAUGCAUAGCGUGAGUCAUACGCGCCAAUUCCCCACAAGAGGCGGGGAUCGCACAGCCCCCCCUCCGCCACCUGAAACGAAACGAAGCGUUGACUUGACCGCCACCUGACUCGCUCGCAGCCCUAUGGUCCGCCGUCUGGCAACAACAUGUACCCGCCGCAGCAUGACCAAGGCUCUUCAUCCGCCAGCGCAAGAUCACCCCGACUUCCCCCACUCCAGCACCCUCACCAACACUCGGGACGGUCCGGCGAUGCCCUCGGUCGCACGCGAGCCAACUCGAACUCACCGCAAUCGCCGAGCUCACGCACGUUCAACUCCCCGAUGUUACCGCCCGGCACGAGUUUGUGGGCGACCAAGGAUCUCGAUGAGGACCUUAAGCGUGUCAAUCUCGACAAGUGCACCUCGGGCGAGGCAAUCCGCGAGACCAUUUUUUCACGGCUCGAGAUCGCCGACAGUGACGCGAGUCGAUACGAGGUGCGUUUGACGACCGUCGAUGGCGAUGCGGGGAGACCGAUAUCGACGGACGAGAUUUGGGACUUGUGGUCGAGUGGGAGAGGAAAAGGGCGGGCUAUCUACUUGCGAGAGUAUGUGCCCGAUCGUCGAGGCGAUGAUGAUGACGAUAUUCCUGUUGGGAUGUCGGCCGAGCGGCUGAACCAGGCGACGCGAUCGAAAGGAGGCCCCGAGACCUCCCAUUCGGGGCACCCUCCAGGACGAGCUAGCUCGCCUGUGGCGACACGGCUGCCACACGUUUCACCCGCCCGGGAACACUCGCCUCGAGGGGGCCAGAACGAGGUCGAUCACGCCCAGGGUUCGACGAGCCUUCGCAGCGACCGACCGAGUUGGACGUGGGGACCUUCGCAGCGGUCCGGCCACCAGCGCUCUUCGAGUAGUGGCAAUCAACUCGAUACGGUCUCACACGCCCACAGCGCGCCACUGGACCCCCGACACGAUCGAAGUGGUGAUGCCACGCCGACCCCGGACGAGUUUGGGCGAGCCAACAACUCUUCCUCCGCCUGGGCUCAUUCGCCGCCUUUGGGGAGCUCUGGUUCUAGAUUCGAAACAUUUGGCGGCGGUGGUGGAGGUAGCGGGAACCACAAUGCCCCCUCGAGCCGGAACCCGAUUCCUCAAGUCUUGUCACCCGCCGGAGGGGCGCCGAAUGCGCCAUCCGACACGCUGUCGUCCUGGUCACGGACCAACACCAACACGGGCGGUGGGAGCGCACGGGCUUAUCAAUUUCAGCAGUCCUCUCACCCACCGCCGCCUUUGCAUUCGAUGCACCCCGCUGAUGCGAGGGCCGUGCUGCCCCAGUACCAGCCGUACGUCAAGGCGGGGCGAGCGCCGCUCUCGGCACCGGUGUUCCACAACCUCGCGCUGCAACAAUCGAACCCACCCCCACCGGGGCACCCCACGAGGCCAACACCGCAGUCGUCGCAGUCUUCUUCGACGCUCCUGUCUCCUAAUCAGCGCCAGAUGAUGAGCAAGAGCGUAGAUAACUUGCGCGGGCAGUUCAACUCAUCGGCACCACCGGGGUAUCCCGGGGCGUAUGGCUCGAUGCGGUCUCCUCCGCCAGUUCCCCCAGGGCCGCCAAUACUCACGUCUCAACCGUAUCGCUCAAGCACCUCUCAACCGGCCCCUGCACAGUCGCCGAUGCCCUUCAACCCGCGCAUCAUGGCGCAGAACUCGACGCCUACUCCGGCUUCUUCGUACUACCGAUCUGGCCUGGGGAGUUACACCAACAGCAUGCCACCGCCACCACUUCCUCCUCGUGGGCCUUACACGUCCUCCUCCUCCAUCCCACUCGUUGGUCAAGUCUGGCCUGCUCCUACCCGUCGUAUGGACCGACACGACCGACACUCGAACCCGAGCGCGAACCCAACCUCCCCGGCAUCGAAUCUCCCCGACCUUACUCGGCGAUUGGAUCUGCAACCAGGGCAGACGCUCCAGGCCGCCGGAACUCGACAACGAGGUGCCAGUGACGCGGCUCCACCUUCUGCAGUUCACAUGAUGUCGCAUGAUCCGUCGACGCCGGACCCUGCGCAGCUGGCGCACCGACGUGCGUCAUCGAACGGGCUGGAUCUCGUCGAUAGAGACCGAUACGGCUCAGUUCCGACGCCGCAUCGCAACUCGGGAGGUUCUUCGACGACCGACAGCGGUGCCAGUGGACGAGGGAAUGCCCCGCCAAAGGCUCUCAAAGCGACGGGCCAGUUCGAGCAAUUACAGCAUGGGCGUGACAGCUCGUCGUCGUCGUUCGCUUCGUCGACUUCAUCGGCUUCCAAUACGUCUUCGAGUCGCUGGCGCGGAUCGAACGCUUCACCUACGCACGCUAUGGCUGGUCAGGACGAUGGUUUGCGGUUCGGCUCGAACGACGACGAGAGACCGCCUUUCGCGAGUCCCCCUUCCUCGGCACGCAGUUCGACCUCGGCUUCUGUAAGUGGCCCUUUGACUCCGGCUCAGGACAAUCCGCCCCUGGAUUCGGGUGGCGUGCGCGCGCCGUCCAUCCCUACCGUCGUGCUCCACUCUGGUCAAUCCCCACCCUUGCUCGACGCAUUCGGCGAUCCCAUCGACGAAGAAUCGGCGACUUGGUUCCCGGUCAACCAGCCCGCACCUAAGGCGCCUUCCACCAAGCUCACUUUGGAGGUGGCGAGCGCGUUGCGAAAGCAAGCGUCCGCGCCGUCGGUCCGGCCAGUCGAAAUGAUUGAUGAACAGAGUGAAACGAUGCGAGAAGGAGAGUGGGCCAAGGAAGCGCGCAAGGCCCUUUUGGAGCGCUUGAACAUCGAGGAUGACGAUGCCUCUGGAACGAUGGUGCGGACGGAUCGAAACCCCGCGUCGGCGGGCAAGGAUGAGUUUGGCGACGAUGUCGACGAGGAAGGGGGCACGUUCAUGCCUGGCUUUGGGCCGCCACGUACGGCCACCGUCGACGAGCAGCCGGCUAAGACCUCGCCACCCGUUCAGGUUUCGUACACGCUUCGAGAUGAGCCGGCGAGUCGACUCUCGUCGCCAACAGUGGGCACGCCGACGCGGCGACCCAACCUUCGAAUCGAGAUGCCGUCCGAGCCUGCUUCAUCCGGUGGCGUCGAGACGGCAACUCGUCACAACCAAUGGUCAUCAGGAACAUCGGCAUCGGCAUCGGUCAUGAGCGCAGCGCCUCCGAGCUCCGCUCGUCGUUCUGCUGGUCCUGGCGGUGAUGGCAGCGGAGACGUAUCGACGAUGUUAUCUUCACGUCGGGCCGAGCGAUCGGAGAAGCUUCGUCACACGUCCAACAAGGCGGAUAAGACAAUCUCGCUCAACGCGCCUUCGCCUGGAAUGGGUUCGCGAAGGGGCUCGUUCCGAGAUCGUGCCGAUGAUGAGAACCUCUCUUGGGCCGUUCGUCCGGCCGUCGAAACCGUGUUGGAGAACCUCGACGUCUAUUUCCCCAAUGUUGAUCUCGACAAGCCCGCUUUCGCCAUGCCCACACCUGCACCGGGGACCCCCUCGCCUGGCAAAGAGACCGCCCCACCUGCUCCUGCGACCGUUUCGUCGUCAUCUUCAAGCUCACAGGCGUCUUCGCAAGUCACCACAGCAUCGACGGCCGCUACUUCCGUCGCAAGUACCGCGUUCUCUCCCGCUGUCCGACGCGCGCUCACCAACAGCGGUCUGAUGCAACGAAAGUCGAUCCGCUACGUCGCUCAAGAUCGCAAAAGGGCGAUGCAAAAAGCCGGUCGGACGAUGGCGACGGUUGUACACGGUCUUGGUUCCAGUUUACUGCGACGCAAGAGCACCAAGUUGUUUGGUGCGCGCAUUGAGGAAGUCACUGGUGCCGAUUUGGGUCGACUGUCGAACACGAUUCGGGAGGAUGCGGGAGAGGACAACCCUGAUAACUGUGAGUGCACGAUCGGCUGGUCGGCCUCGAGAGGAUGUGCCUGGACUGAUGGACUGAGCACAAUCUCUUCAUUGUUGUUGAACAGUCUCGUACAAGUGGAUCAAGGGUGACCUCAUUGGUCGCGGUUCUUACGGCCACGUCUACAUCGGCUUCAGUGUCACGACCGGUGAAACGAUCGCAGUCAAACAAGUCGAACUUCCCAAAACUCAGUCUGACGCGAGCAACGAGCGAACCAAAAGCAUGGUCGCUUCGCUGCGAGGCGAGAUCGAACUACUCCAGGACCUCGAUCACCCCAACAUUGUGUUGUACCUCGGGAUGGAGCAAACACCGUUGCACUUGUCCAUUUUCCUCGAAUACGUCCCCGGUGGUUCCAUCGGCCGAAUCGUUCGAACGCACGGCAAGUUUGAGGAAGAUGUCAUCAAGUUCUUCACGAUGCAGAUCCUCGAAGGAUUGUCGUACCUUCAUGGUCUCGGGAUACUGCAUCGCGAUAUGAAGGCCGACAAUAUCUUGACUGAUCAUGACGGGAUGUGCAAGAUCUCUGACUUUGGUACCAGCAAGAAGAGCAGUGAGUUCGACCUGGCUUAUGAUGUGGGUAAACGCACAGUUCGUGGUCACUCAACCGGACAUUCUUCCCCAGCCGACAUCUACAACAACGACGAGAACAUGUCGAUGAUGCAAGGUUCGCUGUUCUGGAUGGCCCCCGAGGUUAUUUACAACAUGAAGACGGGGUAUUCGGCCAAAGCCGACAUCUGGUCCUUUGGGUGCAUCUUGAUCGAGAUGUUUGCCGGGCGCCGUCCUUGGUCCGAGGACGAGCAAUUGCAAGCUAUGUUCAAGGUUAGUUGCAGAGUGGUUCUCAUCCAUCUUGCGUUUGCGGAGGCUAAUUAUCCGCUCGUCUCUAGAUCGCAACCGAGCGACGUCGGCCACCCAUCCCUUCGGACGUUACGCUUUCAAGCGAAGCCGACGAGUUCAUCAACAACUGUCUCGCCAUGUGAGCGAAGGCGUCGCAGAAGAAUCCGACCUAAAUUUGUCAUGACUGACCUAGUUUCGCCGCCAUUGCUUGCAGCAAUCCCGAUGAGCGACCGAAAGCCUAUGAACUUCUCAGGCAUCCUUUCCUCACGCUGCCCGAGACGUGGUCGUUUACGCAAACUAGCUUGUACUCGUAAGUUUGAUACUUCGCGUUUUGACUUUACUCGAAGCGUCUGAUGACCGAUGAACAUUCUGCCUUCGACAGGGUCAUGGCCGACGAAGAACAACGUCGUCAUGCCGCCGCCACCAUGGCCUCGAACCACUAA